AUGCUGCACAUUGCAGUUGUAUCGAAAAUCACGAAACAGCAGAACACUGAAAGACAAUCGGACGAUGGUUCAUGGGUCGAUGCCGGAAAUGCUAAUGACGAACAGUCUUAUCAGAUACCUAAUGCACCUAUACAUACCGAUGGAUUCAAAGGCCUACCAGGCUGUUCUUCGCAGGUCGACAUGGAAUUUGAAGAUGCUGAACAGCCAGAUCAGAACCUUGCGUCGGCCAGUUUCAUUCCCUUUCUCAAUGAAUGUGAGUCAGGAUUCUCGAAACUCGUUGGACAAGUUGCUAGCGAAAAUGCAGACGCGCCUUAUCAACAGGGAAGCAAAGCGAUAGCCACAACAACAGAACUUAUUGCUGACGCGAUGCAGAAUAUUAUUUGUGAGCAUAGAAGAAAAGAAAAAAUGCCCUUUAAUCAGCAACUAAAAACAUUCGAAAAUUUGCUAAAAAUUGAUAUAGCUGCAAUCGGCUUUUAG